AUGCAUGACCCUCUCAGGCCUCAGACUCCUCUGGAAGCACCAUUUCUGGUAUCCUCACAAAGUAUCGAGAGAGAGAGAGAGAGAGAGAGAGAGAGAGAGAGAGAGAGAGAGAGAGACUAUACAACCCCAGCAGAGCGUAGAGGCGUCAGACGGCCGCCAGAGCAUCCCGGUUACGCACUGCUCAGAGGCCUCAUCGACGGUUUGCAGCACCAGAAACAGCGGAAGGAGAAGUCAACACAGCCGGGCACACGGCCACAGCUACAGUCAGUAAUGGAGAGCCUGCUGGAUAAUCCAAUGAAAGCCGUUCUUUACCUGAAGGAGCUCACCACUAUCGUCCAGAACCAGCAAAGCCUGAUCCAGACGCAGCGCCAACGCAUCGACGAACUCGAGCGGAAGGUGGAGGACCUGAUAGGAGAGAACAGACAGUUGCGGGACCCUCAUCACUACGUCCAGCAGCCCGCUCAACACCUCCACCACCACCACCACCACCCGACUCACCGCAGCGCCAGCCCCCAGGCGCCCUCCCACCUCCAUCAGCACCCGGGGAGCAACAAAGCUGCGGCUCACCUCGGCCAGCAGGCGCAGCAGCAGCAGCAGCAGCAGCCGCCGCCGCCGCAGCAGCAGCAGAUUCCCGGUCUAUCCGCCCAGCCUCAGCAGCACCCGACCCCUCCUGCGCCGUCCUCCCACCACCCUCAGCAGCUGCAGCUCGUUCCCACCUCCCCUCAGUCGCCCAAAGCGAGCCAAACCAGCCCGGACUCCGCCGAGGAGGACAAGCGGAGCCCCUGCUGCAAGUCCCUGGUUCCGCAGACUCCCACCGCUCUCUGCCGCUCAGUUGGAUUGGCCAGGAAAGCGGACAACCAAACAGUGCUUCACCAGUUCUGCUGCCCCGCCCCAGAGGCCCCUGAGGGGGAGACCUCUACUGCCUGUGUCCCCAGCGAUGACCUUUCUCCAGACUCGUCUUUGGGGGAGGAAGGGAAGGGAGGAGAGGGGGAGCUGCAGAGUGAGGUCGAGUCACAACCACAGCCCCAGCAACAGCAGCAAGAGACUCAGCCACAGACUCAGCCACCACAGCCACAGCCCCAGUCGGAGCCCCGACCACAGACUCAACCACCCGAAACCAAACCUCAGCCAGAACCCGAACCGAAACCCCAGCCUGCGCUGGAGCCCGAGCCUCAGCCCGAGCCUCGGCCCGAGCCCGAGCCUCAGCCCCGAGUCGAGGCUCCGAGCGAGGGAGCGGCACAGGACGCCCCUAAAGCCCCUUCGCCUUGCAGGGAGGAGCAGGCAGGAGGGGAGCAAGAGAAGGAGAAGACGGAAGAAGUUGUGGAGACAAAGAGAAAGCAAGAGGGAGAGGAGGCACAGGCCGAGCGGCGUAAGGCCGAGGCAGCACAGGAGGAAGAGGAGGAGGAGGAAGGGGGAGGAGCAAAAGGAGGUGGGGCGGGGAGGAGAGCCAGCCUGCACCACACGGCCUCGCCCUUGAGGGUGCAGCGCAACGGCGCCGGCUCGCACUCCGCCACCUCCGACUAUGAGCUCUCGCUUGACCUCAAAAAUAAGCAGAUCGAAAUGUUAGAGCUCAAAUACGGUGGCCACCUCAUCUCCCGCCGUGCUGCCUGCAAGAUCCAGACUGCCUUCCGCCAGUACCAGCUCAGCAAGAACUUCGAGAAGAUCCGCAAUUCGCUACUUGAGAGCCGUCUUCCUCGACGCAUCUCCCUGCGCAAGGUCCGUGUGCAAAACACGGAAGGUUUUUCUGCUGAACGGGCCCUGGCAGAAGGCUGCAACUUGGCAGGCAUCCCAUUGGUGCGCUCACCAUCUCUGCCUGCCACAGUUGGUGGCAGCCUGACCGACCUGGAAGACUCAUUCACUGAACAGGUCCAGUCACUUGCAAAGUCCAUCGACGAUGCACUCAGCAACUGGAGCCUGAAGACCAUGUGCUCGCUGCAAGAAGGCGGCACCUAUCAGUUCAGCGCCGACUCCUUCAGUGCAGCGGCAGCGGCGGCGGCGGCAGCAGCAACAGGGGUAGGAGGUAGAGGAGAAGGAGGUGGUGUGGGAGACUCAACAAUUCCUCAAGGCCCAGUGGACCCAAGUGACCUCUCGAGAAGCGCAAGCAAGCUGAUGAUGGCGUUCCGAGAUGUGACGGUGCAGAUCGACAGCCAGAACUUCCGGGUUUCAUCCUCAGUCUUGGAGUCAUCCACUUCUGUCACCCUCGGCAGCUGUGCCCAGCAAGAAGGAGCAUACACCACCGUCCCAACCACUUCCACAACAACAAACUCCACUGGGGCCUCUAUUCCUUCUGUCCCCUCACAAGAUCCCCCUCCUCCUCCUGCAGAGGUCCCAGCUGAACCCAUCAAUCCCCCGCCUCCCCCACAAGAACCCCCACCACCCCCACAAGAACCCCCUCCGCCCCCAGAAUCAGAAAUAGAUGAAGACGAGCAAGAUGUUGAAUUCCCUGCUCCCCCUCCAAGUGAGGAAGAGCUGGGGGAAGAGGAGCAACCGCCCCUAACCCCUCUGGAUAAGAUGGCUGCCCCUCAAAGCCCAGAGGAGGUUGUGGUGGUGGCACCGCCGCCUACAGAACCCCCCCAGGCUCCUCCACCACAGGAGGCCGUACUGCUGGGGAGCUCGCCCGUGGUCGAGCCGCUGGAAGUCAAGAGGUGUGGCUCCGAGACAGCAGACAACAGCUCAGAGCAGAUGAGCAGCAGCAGCACGUCGACAGAGGCACGCUCCACAUCUGAAGCCUCGUCCAAGGAAGCACUGCAGGCCAUGAUCCUCAGCCUACCACGCUACCACUGUGAGAACCCCGCGAGCUGUAAAUCGCCCACGCUGUCCACUGACGUCAUGCGAAAACGCCUCUACCGCAUUGGCCUCAACCUCUUCAAUGUAAACCCUGACAAGGGCCUUCAGUUCCUGAUCUCUCGAGGCUUCAUCCCAGACACGCCCAUCGGCGUGGCUCACUUCCUGCUACAGAGGAAAGGCCUGAGCCGACAGAUGAUAGGAGAGUUCCUCGGCAACAGCAAGAAGCCCUUCAACAGAGAUGUCCUAGAUUGCGUGGUGGAUGAGAUGGACUUCUCCGGCAUGGAGCUGGACGAAGCUCUGAGGAAGUUUCAGGCCCACAUUCGUGUCCAGGGAGAAGCCCAGAAGGUGGAGCGUCUUAUCGAGGCCUUCAGUCAGCGCUACUGCAUGUGUAACCCCGACGUGGUGCAGCAGUUUCACAACCCAGACACCAUCUUCAUCCUGGCCUUCGCCAUCAUUCUGCUCAACACCGACAUGUACAGUCCAAACAUCAAGCCCGACCGCAAGAUGUUAUUGGAGGACUUCAUACGCAAUCUUAGAGGUGUGGAUGAUGGAGCAGACAUCCCCAGAGACAUGGUGGUGGGAAUCUAUGAAAGAAUACAACAGAGGGAAUUGCGCUCCAACGAAGACCACGUCACCUACGUCUCUAAGGUUGAGCAGUCCAUCGUAGGCAUGAAAACAGUUCUUUCCGUCCCUCACAGAAGACUGGUGUGCUGCAGUCGGCUUUUUGAGGUGACAGACGUCAACAAGGCCCAGAAACAGGCGGCACACCAGAGAGAAGUCUUCCUCUUCAAUGAUCUCAUUGUGAUCUUGAAACUUUGUCCAAAGAAGAAGAGUUCUGCAGCCUACACUUUCUGCAAAGCCAUGGGCCUGCUUGGCAUGCAGUUUCACCUGUUUGAAAAUGAAUACUACCCUCACGGCAUCACCAUCCUCUCACCUUUUGGCUCAGACAAGAAGCAGGUACUUAACUUCUGCGCCCAGAGUGCUGAGGAGCUGCUCAAGUUUCUAGAAGACCUGAAGGAAUCAAUCGCGGAGGUGUCAGAGAUGGAGCAGAUACGCAUCGAGUGGGAGCUGGAAAAGCAGCAGGGAGCCAAGACUCACUCAGUAAAGAACAACGGCACACAGCUCGAGCUGCGCAGCAAACAGGGCUCCCCAUCAGGAAACCAAGAGAUAGAUGACAGAAGUGGACACAAUGCAGUAGAGGUGUCAAUUCACAACAGGCUUCAGACGUACCAGCUCAGCAGCAGCACGGCUCGGAGUCCCGAGAGCGUGGCCCUUCUUAACCAUCGGGGGGAGCUGCUUUUCCAGCAGGGGCCCCAGGGGCUAACCCAGGGGCCGGCGCCUCCACCUCAGCACCCGCAGCUGCAGUCAGCGGCAAGCACCCCUGCCCACCACCUCCACCUCCAGCAGCACCACCAGCCCGCUGUCAGCAUGGCUGAUCUGCGGCCCGAGACACUCAUCCAGUGUCAGCAGAUCGUCAAGGUCAUCAUGCUCGACAACAGCGGCCACGGACGCAUGGAGGCCUUCCUCAGCCAAACGCCCACACACCACCACUACCAGCACCACCACCACAGCCACCACCAGCUCAGUCAGUCGGCCAUGUCCACCCCCGUCCGCUCGCCGGACGGCUCCCAUGGCAACGACGGCCACCAGCCCCCGCUGCCUCCUCCACCUCCGCCUUACAACCACCCGCACCAGUAUAUACCCCCCGACCCCCGCCUCAGUCUACACCGGACCCCAAGUGGCUCUCGAAGCAUGGUGUAA